GUGACUGUCACAACAACACUGGGAGGAGUGACAGAAAACAAACAAGUUUUUUUUUUGUAGCAACAGUUUCUAUUUCCUGGUAAAGCAAGAGAGGUAGCUGUAACUUACUGCCCAGAGACUGCAAGUUACAUGAGACAGAGGAACAGUGUAAGCGAGUAGAUUUUUGGACUAUAUGAGACGUUUCUGUAAGAGAUCGUUGGUGUGAACUUACUACGUAAAGAACAUCUUCACACAAAGAGACUGUGUGAGACUGCAGGAAAAGACAGGCUGUCUAUCCUGAGACAGAAGCUGUGUAAGAGUGCUUGAGACAGCAGUCCUGAAAAAAAAGAUACUAUAUGAGCCUGUUACAGACAGUCUAACUUGAGACACAGGAACUGCAUGAGACAUUCAGCGAGAGGAAGAGGGCAUUCUGAGAAAGAGGGUUUUUAUGAGACAGCUGGAGACAGUUUAUCCUUGAGCAUUCUAGAAGCAUGAGAUAAAGACACCAAAUAGAUUGCAAGAGACAGACUUUACCAGAGAAGACACAAGAUUCACCAUGGAGAGACAACAAACCAACCAGCCAGAAAUAUCCCCAAACAAUGAGACAACCAAAAAGAAUGAGACAUCCCCAGAUGAUGAAAUAUUCCUAAAUGAUGAGACAUCCCCAAAUGAUGAGACAUCCCCAAAUGAUGAGACAACCCCAAAUGAUGAGACAACCCCAAAUGAUGUAUCCCCAAACGAUGAGACAUCCCCAAAUGAUGAGACAACCCCAAAUGAUGAGACAUCCUCAAGCAAAGAGACAUCCCAGAAUGAUAAGACAUCGCCAAGUAACGAGACUCCUCAACUAGGCUCUCACCCAAUGUACACGAAAGCGCCCAGAUCGACGUUUUCCCCAGAACAUAUCACCCCAGAAGCACAGACUGGGACCCCCAAAGAAGAGUUCUUCAUCUUCAGGCCAUCUCUGGUCAAUCAGGCUAUACAAGACAUUCAGGGUCGACUGUCGGCAGAAGAGGAUGGGAAGCUGCUGAGCUCUUGGAUCCUGACACAGAUCAGUCACUGGGGCACGGAGUGUGAGCUCCUGGCAUUGCUGUGCGAACACUCACUCAUGCUAUGUUAUUAUGAUUUUGUGGGACUCAGCAGUGCCCGACUAUUCCGUGUUCCUCUUAAUUACAUUGACACUGUGAUGUGGGGACCCCUGUCCUAUCCCAAGAUGGCUCUUAACAAGCGAGAUGGCCAAGGCCUCAGGCUACAAUGGGACAAGCUCCGCACCUCUCCUUCUAUUCUAUCAUGGUGGAAUCCAUGGGCAACUGACCUUUCCUACAUUAUCCUGUCAAAGCACCCAGGAGUACCUAAGCAGGGUGACGUUGAAGACAUGUGUCAGCUGGACCAGUUUAAGGAACAUCUAGUGGAGUUGGUAAGAUUGGCGCAUCAACAAAGCCCUCUUCCUGGCAGAGCCAAUGGCCUAAUGGUCCUAGACAGACCUGUAAACAUGGACACCUCGGUGGGACUCGUCUCCCUUCUCAACAGCAAGAUUCAAUUGGGAUACGCCAAGCCCAGGUGGAGCUUUGGAUUUUAAACCAUCCAGUUAAAAGUGCAAGCCAUAGGGCCUUAUGGCGAAACCCUCAACUACAGUAGGACAAAAGUCGCUUCCAUAUACAUUAGGUGUAAAAAAAAAAUGUAGGUGUAAAAGAGUUUGCCGUACUGGAAAUAUAGCAUUUGAUGUAGCUUGUUGGCUUUGGGGUUCCUGUAACCUUCUCCUCUUCCGGUGUAAUCUCAACUAGACAUUUUGAACUGAAUAUAAAAUAAUGCACGUCAUAACUUGUAAAAACAUCCAAUUUCCUGAAGGUGGUGUUCUAUCAAAUUCCCUUACUUAGUGAAAAUCCCCUACCCCUCGUCACUUCCGGUCAGGGGAAUCAGCUGGAUCCUGUGCUGAAUUAUGAUGCGAUAUAUGUUCCUCUGGUUAUGCCAGUCUUCUGAUUGGCCAGAUGAUAGCUGCUAGUUUUCUUAAAAUGUAAUAAUUGUAUCAAAAAAAAUGUCAUCCCUGGAGGCCAGGUCAGCCAGUUGUUUCUUGCACUAUCCUAUUUGGCAAUAUUAGCAGUGUGGGUUAUGCUUUUUUUUAAUGAUUUAUAAUAAAACACAUAAAUAAAAACAGCUUUGCAAAAUAUUUUUUUUCAGCCCUGCAAAAAGCAACUGAAUGCUCUGCUUACUGAUGACUGGCUCCUUAAAACAGUGGAAUGCUCCAAGGGUUUGAGCUCUGCAAUAUAAUGCACUGCUCAUUGUCUAGACUAGACGGUCAGCACUCAGCUAUCUAAUGCAAUGCUGAAUGCUGUACUGGUCAGUGCACUGCCUAGCGCUCUGAUGGUCAGAGCAAUGCUGAGAGGUCAGAUGCAUGGUCUCCAGCUCUGUAGCAUAUGGCUGAAUGCUCCUUUCAUCGGUAACUUGUCAUGUUGACGCGUAAUAUAAAUUCACAAAAGAUAAUCCAGCGCUUGACCAUGUAAAAUAAAGCAAUACGGUGGCUAUGCAGCCUUGUUGCCAUGUGGACCUGUAGGAUGCUGCUGGUAGUGAGCAGUGACAAUUGAGGCCCCCUAUCUGGGUGCUAAACUAUUAGAGACCCACAGAAAAUGUAAAUCCCCUUCUUGUACAGCCUGAUUAACUUCCCUGAUGUGUAUAUUCCCCGCAGAUACGCUGCGCUGUGACUUCCUCCAUGUUGUAAUGGUAUAGCAAGGAGCAAAGUACCAUUGAGGCCCUCUUUGGGCAUUAACAGAGCAGUGAAAUGCAUGUACCCCCCACCUCAUAGCACUUGACAGACCACUAGUGUCCAUGGUCCCCUUCCAAGGAAAAAAAAAGGUGGGAAGCAAAGGGUGGCCUGGGAUGUGGAAGGCAUUGGUAUACGGUGGACCCAGCUAUGAUUUGUUGUGUUGCUCAGGGCCUUGCAAUGCUAUCUGUGGCCCUGUUCAUUGAAUUGCAUGUCUGCUUAUGCAUUUAUGGGUCUGCAGGUUGCUCUGUUUAGACAUAAUAUCACAAAAUCCAAAUAAUAAAUAAUCAGGAUUUGCCUGAAAUUUGAUCUUAGUACAUAGACAUCGAAUAGCAUUUACAGGAACGCUGCAGACCCCAAAAGUACUUCAGCAUGCUGAAGAGUGUGUCCUUUUUUAUUGUUUUCAUUUUUCAAAAAGUAUAUUUUUAAACCUUGUUACACCCCCAGGCUGUCAAUCAAACAGCAUGUCCUGUUACUUACUGGUUGUUUAGCUCGGUGAAACUAAACUCAAGAGGCAGCAAUUGCCCAGACACCUGCCUUGCAAAAACUUAUCAUUGAGUUACAUUUGGAAGUCUGUGAUUGGACACCAACAGAAAGUCUGGUGGGGUAAGAAGGGGAGGGCUUGCAAAGGCUGCAGACAAGAUAACUUCAGCUUUGGCAAGCUGUUCUUAGAUUAUACCCCAUUUAAAAAAAUGUAUAAUUAACUGCAUGCUUGUUAUCAUAGUGGGUAUAUGUACUAAAAAGUAAUUUGUUUUUGCAGUGUAGUACAGUGCAGGUUUAUAUUAAGGAUGAGCUCAGAAGCUGCAGGUUCCCUCCUUGACUUUCAACUAUCCCCUACCUCUUCCUUUUGCUUCUAUCUUUCACUGUGUAUCUUCAUCACUCUGGUAUAUACUUUGUAUCAUCGGAUUUGUUAGAUCCUUGGAAUCUGUAACUAGAUUUAUGUAUUUAUAUACUCUGUGAUUAUCAGUGGCUUUAUUUAGUUAUAUAAAUGUUUUUGAAGGAUACGUUUUUUACCUGAUUUCUCAUCAUAUGACAUAGUUGCCAGGAUUUUACCUGACUUAUUUAAUAUCCAUCUCUAUCCCAAGGCUUCAAUAAGUAUGUAGGAUAUAUAGUGAGAUAGUUGACUGUGGUACAUGCAUCAAAGUUUAGAUUUUAAUGUGGAUAUUUUGUAUUUUAAUGUAAUUUAUAGUAAUAAAAGUUACAUUUUAGAUUUA